AUGUCGGAUGUCCCCUUCACCCCCACUUGCUCCCCCCGCUGGGACCUCCUCUUCCUUAAAACGCACAAGACGGGCAGCAGCACGGUGCUCAACAUGCUCUUCCGUUACGGCGAGCACAACAAACUGAGCUUCGCCUUCCCCUCCGGUGGCCGUAGCGACUUUGCCUACCCUUCCCCCUUCUCCCGCCGCGCCGUGGCCGGGAACCCUGCCAUCUCCUGCUUCAACGUGGUGGCCAGCCACAUGCGCUUCGAGCCAGAGGAGACGGGCCGACUCCUGCCCCUGGAACGAGUCUACUUCACCCUCCUCCGGCACCCCGCCCGCCUCUUCGAGUCCAGCUUCCACUACUACGGCCCCAGCAUCCCCCUGACCUGGCACCUGCCCGGCCCAGACAAGAUGGACGCCUUCCUGCGCAAGCCUCGGGCCUAUUAUAACCCCCGGGCCUUCAACGCUCACUACCUGCGCAACCUCCAGUUCUUUGACCUGGGCCAGGACAAGGACAUGGAACCCAGCCACCCGGCCAUUCCGGGCAUCCUUCAUUCCCUGGAGGAGAGCUUCUCCCUAGUCAUGCUGACCGAAUACUUCGACGAGUCCCUGGUGCUUCUGAAGGACCUCCUGUGCUGGGACCUGGAGGAUGUGCUGUACUUUCCCCUCAACAUGCGGGAUCCCGCCCGUACUCCCCCCGCCUUGAGCCCGGCCGCAGAGAAGUUGGCCCUCUCCUGGAACCAGCUGGACGCCCUCCUCUACGCCCACUUCAACCGUACUUUCUGGCGCAAGGUCGACAUAUUCGGGCGUUGGCGGAUGGCGUGGGAGGUGGCAGAGCUACGCAGGGCCAACGCCAUGAUGGGGGAGGCCUGCCUGGAUGGAGGAGGUCCGGUUAAGGCAGGGCUGGUGAGGGAUCCCUCUCUGAGGCCCUGGCAGCCGGCCGGAGGUGCGGGCACCAUCAUGGGCUACAACCUCAGGCCUGGCUUGGAGGAGGCCUACCAGGACAUCUGCCGGUCCAUGCUGACCCCUGAAAUGCAGUACAUGUCCAAACUGGGUGCAAAUCUCUGGCGUGUCAAGGCCUGGUCCAUCCUGCGAGGGAUUCUGGGAUGGUAG